CUGCUUUCGGUGCAUUUAUUUUUAUUUUAUUCUAUUUAACAACUACCCUCCUUGUGUCCUCGUGUCAAUUUCAAUUAUCUAUUUGCAGCCUAGCCUUUUAAAAGUUGUUUUACAAUUAAUUAUUGAAAUUCUUAGUUUGAGUUUGACAGUUAUUUUGUUCUAUAAUAGUUUUGGAUGUAGAGCGAGCAUACAAAAACAGUUAUUAUCUUAUUGAAUUUCAUCGGAGCUGUAUUAAAAUUAUUUACUAUUGCGAAGUAUCAAUACUGUGAAAGAUUUGUCAAAUGAACUUGUUUGGCAGGCUAUUUUAGUUAAUGCGUGUAAAUUCGCUUUUAUCGACUUAAACCAAAGUGCUGUGUAGCUUGCCUUUAAACGGUGUAUGAGACUUAUUUACAAACUAUCCUAGACUAGGCCUAAGCACUUUAUACUUUUAAGUACAACGUUGCCCUGGCAUUAUUUAUUUCUUUAAAUCUCCAUCCUUCCCAGAAAGGUUAUGUACUUCCUACUGAGUGAAGUUUGGGUUUAUCCAGUCUUCAGGCAUAUUCCUGGAUAUGGGGACAUGUUUUGGUCGGUUGAAAACUAUCAAAAAAAAGAGGAAGAGGCUAUGUCGACUUGAGCAUUCCUAUUACAGCAAAAACAAUGACAAAGUUGAGCUUCAUUUCUUAGUGGAAGAGGAUGAUUUUCUUACUCAGGAAAAAUACAAUGAAGAAAUACCCAGAUCUACAGAAAUAUCUAGACCUUCAAAGAUGUGUAGUAGGAUUUGCUCAUUCUUUAAACCUAACUCUUAUAAGCAUGUUCACAACGGGAACCACCUGAGGCUAGAAACACAGGUAGACUGGCCUGAGACCAAAUGUGAUUCUCCUAGUUCGACUGACAACCAUAAUGUUGGCAUCAGUGACAGUGAUAACAUACAGUUGGUAACACUGGAUGUGCUGUCGUUACGUAACAUACAGCCUCAGUGGAGACAAGUCAGUCUUACACCCCCCAGCUCUGUAGAUCUAGAGUGGGAGAGUGAAGACAUUGUUGGGAACAUGAUGCCUCUGUGUCAGCGUCGGCUGCUGAGCACGACUGAAGACUGUUCACUGAGCUCUGUGGUGGAAGGGAGUCCUGCAGAGUCCCUGGAGUGGGACAGUGGCGAGGGAGCGCUCGACACUGACACUGAACAGCUUAUCUGUGAAAUUGAGCGCCUGACUGCUAGAGCGCUGCGAGAGACAGGCGGGGAGUGGGCUGACAGAUAGUACAGCUGUUAGAUGUAUAACUGUAGUCGCCAGUCUUCCAGGGCAUACUCAAUGCCAGUGUCUGAUGGAUGAAGAUUGUAUUUCACCGUAGUGCCUACUAGAUCACCUGACCCUAAACAUCGGUGCUUACUACAUUUUAUUUUUGCUCAAUUUGAUACACAGUGCAGAUAAUGUUCUAUUUUAAAACAUAAGAGUUUACUUAUUUAUGAUGAUAAGUUAAAAUAAAACAUGUUUAUAAUCUAUUGAUGUUUAUAGAAAGCCAAGUAUUCAUAACUAAAUAAAAAAAAAACAGUAUCAGCAAUCUGACACAUACUUUCUGCCUCUCGCUUGUCAACAACCUUAAUCAUGGAUAAGCGGUGGGAGUAACUAUGAUAUUUUAUACUGUCAACCAAGUGAUACCUGGUCUAUGUGUAAUAUUAAAAUUUAUAUCUCGGGCCGUGGCAAUGACCGCAGCGUCGCAAAUAUGUGGCGAUCGGCAAUAAUCUAUAAUAUAAUUAAUUGAUUAUUAAUGGGAAUAAUAAUCGAUUAGUAUUUUUAUCGAAUUAUAAUCUAAAACAUACUUUAAUUUAAUUUGUUUUUAUUUAAAUUUUGUAAAUACACUUUUUCAAUACAUUCAGUAUUGCCAAAAAAUA